AUGGACACCGCUUACCCCCGCGAGGAGCCCGCGGCCCCGACGCCCCGGAAGGCCGCCGGCGCCGCUCACACAGCCGUGGCACUGGGGCCCCCGCACGCGCCGCCUCGAGACCACUUGAUCUGGUCGGUGUUCAGCACCCUCUACCUGAACCUGUGCUGCCUGGGCUUCCUGGCACUGGCCUACUCCAUCAAGGCCAGAGACCAGAAGGUGGCGGGAGAUCUGGAGGAGGCCCGGCGCCUGGGCUCCAAAGCCAAGUGCUACAACAUCCUGGCCGCCAUGUGGGCCGUGGUGCCGCCCCUGCUGCUGCUGGCGCUGGUGGUGACCGGCGCCCUGCACCUGUCCCGGCUGGCCCGGGACUCGGCCGCCUUCUUCAGCACCAAGUUCGAGGACUCGGACUAUGACUGA